AUGUUUCCUUUUCUUCCACGGAAAAUCGCGCAGUCCUCGAAAACUGUGCGCGCACCAGCAGCGUCCAACCGUCCGACGACGAUCCCACAGACACCCGUAACCCAAGAAAACAUACAAAACGCGUCAGAUUCCCAAGCUAAAGGGAAAGGGAAGGAGAAAGUGGAGGACAAUAGCCUAUCUGAGGACGACUAUGCCAUCCUCGUUAUGCUGUCUCUGUCCGACCAUAUUAUUUGGGCUGACGCUGAUCUGAGGAGGACUAUAACUUCUGGUGACGAAGGGUACAUUCCGUUGAGAUAUCUCAUGCGUCAUUCACCAUUCUUGUCGAACUUGACACCUUCACCUGUUGAAGCCGUGUUAGCGAAAGCAAUACGCACUCAUACUAGCGACCACCUAGAUGUUCGCAUGUUAGUCUCAGAACCAUCGCGUUCAUCAUGGCGUGGAAAGGAUACAACCGAAGAUGAUGUGGGAGGGUUCGAAGUGAGAAGGAAAACGUGGCGGACAGUUCUGCAAGUGGCUCGCAAUUAUGCCAGGCAUGAAUGGGAGUCUAGAACGAUUUACAUGGAGAACAUUCCAUUUCAACACCGAAGCAUUGCCGGGAUCUACAGGUUCACCGAGUCGUUGCUAGCAGCCUCCUCGUCGUAUUCAGGGACAGCACAGCCCGUACAGAGUAUCCUGCUUCCGCCGCACCGCCAAGACAAACCUGGCGAUCAGCCUAAGUGCAAGGGCUUCGCCAUCGUAAUUUUCCUACAUCUCGAGAGCGCAGAGUUACUUCUCUCUCAGUGGCCCUGGAGUCCAAGACGACUAGAUGAACGCGGCGUAAAACAUGUCCAAGAAGUUGGGGAAGCAGUCAAAUUUGGCUUCCGUACACUUCGAAAAACGCAAUGGGACAGGUUGAAAGAGGAAUAUCUACUCUACCGCCAGAUGCUCCUCGAUGAGAUCGCUCAAGUAGAAGUCCACGAACAGCCAACCGUGGAGGUUCAUGCGCAACCGCAAUUCUUUGAUACGGCGGAUAACACUCUCAGUGAAGCGCCUGCCAGUCCAAUGCACUCUGCGCCGUACCCUCAGGGCUGUCUCGUAUUCGUGCGUAACGUACACCCAGAGACGAACAAGACCACCCUGCGCACCCUGUUUUCUCAGGCAUUUCUUGGUUCCUCUUCAGGCAUGGACCAGUUAGAUUACGUUGACUUCAACAAGGGCAUGAAGACGUGCUACCUCCGUCUCACUACGCCCCACCACACUGAAGUGCUCACAAAGUUCUUCGCCAUAAAUCCGAAGAUUCAAAGCCUGGGUCUGGACAGCAGUGGCACUGACGCCAGCGCAAUGAAUAAGGACAAGACGAUCGCCAUGGAGGUCGUCGAUGGCACCAGAGAAGAGUUGUAUUGGACGAAGGUGCCGGAAAAGGUGCGUCGACAGGCUGUCGAGAAGGCGUUUGCGAAGGCUCUACCCCACGAAGGUACGGAUGCUACAGGAGAAUACCACGAUGCAUCCGAGCAGACGGAAGUGAAACGCAAACGGAAGCGCGGGAAACACAACGGUUAA